AUGGCAACCGUAGUCUCUCAAGUUGCUGUGAACUUAGAAAAGCCAGUUGAUCGAGAAAAGACCUGUCCACUACUUUUACGAGUUUUCUGUGCUAAUGGAAGGCAUAAUCCAAUAUCAGAUUACAUGAGAGGUGGAGUUCCGGCAAAUGAACUCCAAAUGUACACUUGGAUGGAUUGCACUCUCCGAGAACUCACAUCCCUUAUCAAAGAGGUAAAUCCUGAUGCUCGCCGUCGUGGAACCACUUUCGAUUUUGCAAUAGUAUUGAAAGCGCAUGUUUUGACGUAUUCAGUAGCCCCUGAUCGUAUGAACAAUCGUUACACCAUCCGUGACAUCGGUAACACUAUGAACGGUCAAAGAGGCGUUGAUGAUGGGAAGUCGAGUGUUACGCGUUUAGUAUAUAAGCGCCCAAUUACAGUGUGUUUGGUAAUACGAGUAUAA